AUGUUUGCAAACAGCCUGGACCAAGGAAAUUGUCAGAGGUACUCCCCUGGAGUUCUUAUUGGCAAUUGGUUUGAAGAGAUGUGUGUGGAAAGGGACAAGCUCAAGUUAUACCAAACUCGCAAGCAAAUGUCGGCCCCACAGUCACAGGCUGCGCUCCAGUAUCUUGAGACAAGCACACUGCUAUCUGGAACCCCAUCCGGCCCGGUGCGAUUUGGCGCCCCACUUCUUCUUCUUAAUGCUCAAGCCAAGUGUGCUCUAGCGCUUGACCUCUCCCCACUCAUGAUGACCAGCUCAGACAAGGCCCCAGUGACUGGAAUGCAGAGUUGUGCGUCGCAACUGCGUUCUACGUGGGUGUUAGAGCGCUGUACAGACGACAAUAAUGUUGCCUACAAUAAAAGUUUUAAAGAGCCAAUGGAGCUUCACUACGGGCAACGCAUUCGGAUUUGUAAUGAGUGUGCCAGUGAUAAGGGUUUUUACUAUCUACAAUCACAGCUCGCCUCAGGUCGCUACUCGUCGGAAAAACAACUAGUGGUUGCUUCUAUGAACGCUUGUGCAGACAAUGUUUUCGUGGUGUGCCGGCCGUGUGCAAAGCGUGAGGCUACACACGAAGGGGAAGUCGUGAACGUUGGGGAUCCUAUCGUGUUACUUCACUCCAUCACUAAUAGUCCUCUGUGUUGUGACCACACCCUUCAACGCACCAGCUAUGGUAUGGAGUACUCCAUCUCUUGCGGAUACGCCACGACUAGACAUACGCGGGUGCAGGAGGCGGUCGCUGUCAAUGGAGAAAACUUAUUUUAUUUUUCAUACGGUAGCAGUGAUGAGAAAUCUAAGACAAAGGCAACCAGACGGUUGACUGUCACGAUGGCGAGCACUAUGCCUGUAACCUGUGGAGAUGAAGUGGAUAAGAUCAUGAAUCGCAUCCGAGAGGGUGCCGUUUACUACGGCGGUCGCGUCGGCCUCCGUGCGAUCUCACGCUCUCUGGGGGUGGCGUGCAAUGAGCGCUGCAGCACUUUUCUUAGCCGCACACAACUGGACGAUCUCGUGAGCCGCCUCGGGGUCCGGCUGCGGCCUAUUGAAUUAGAUGUAGUUAUUAAGAAACUUGACACCCACGGCACCAACUUAAUCCGUGUUCAGGACUUUGUUGCGGAACUCCGUGGCAACUUGAAUGCUGUGCGGCUUCAGGCGGUUACGGAGGCCUACCAGAAGCUCAUCAUGGAGGGAAGAGGAUCUGUGCAGUUCGAGUCUAUGUAUCGUCUAUAUUGCCACAACGCCCCACUUCAUCCAGACGUGCAGGAUGGUCUUAUCACCAGGGAAGAGGCCAUAUUCGACUUCGAGAGCUCGUGGCCAGCGGCAUUCAGGCAUAAAAUGGGUACUGUGACGCUGGAAGAGUUUAUUGACUACUAUACGGAUAUUUCCCCGGCAACAUUGGAAGAUGGCCGCUUUGUUCAAAUAGUACAAAAUUGCUGGGAAAUUCCUGAGACAAAUGCGUACCUCACGCAAAAAAAUUACCAUUUGGUAAAGGUAAUUCACAAAAAUGGGACUACUGAGAGUAUACCCUUACCAGCCUCCUGCCAGGUCGAUCUUACGGAUCAAAAAGCUCUCAAGUCGAUGUUAAUUCAACAUGGUGUACAUGAUAUUGUAGAUGUUUCUGUUUCCACACGAGGCUCAUAG